UCCGUGGAGGAUGCGCUUGGACUCAGCGGGGAGUUUUCCACCUUAUCAUUUCGUCGCGUUCUGGAAAAAGAAAAAAAAAAUAGACGAGGGGCAGACUUUUACGCACAGUCCAAAUCCAAAAUCAGGCACGGAUCAAAUUGUAAAGUGUUCUGUGGAUUAUUCACAACUUGGUAAACUUUUUUGGGGGAAACUUUUGCAACCAUUUUUAAUGGCUGGUUUUGCUCCAAGGACUGUUUUGUUCUUUUUCCACAUAGUGCAUUUGUGAGUGAAUCGACUGUCAAGAAAAAAAAAAUAGAAAUUCAGAUUUAUGAUUUGGGGGAUGGCUACAGCCACCUCCAGCCCGUACCUAGCCAGCAGCAGGGUUUUAACCGGCCCGGUCGCUCACUCUGACCGGAGAGGCGGGAGCAUGCAGCCGGCAAACGGUGUGGUCACCUCGGUGUCUUCCAGCGCUUUCAGAGGGGGCCCGUCGGUCAAGAUGGUGCAAAAUGACUUCAUGCAAGGGGCCACCAUGGUGUCCAGCAACGGGGGGCACAUGCUCAGCCAUGCCCACCAGUGGGUCACGUCGUUGCCCCACGCCGCAGCCGCGGCGGCCGCUGCGGCUGCGGCAGCUGCCGCAGAAGUUGGUGCCGCGUGGCCGGCCAGCUCCCAGCCCCCGGAGACGAAGAGAGGUGGCGGCGGCGGCGGCGGCGGGAGGGAGGACAUCCAUUCGGGCGCCGCUCUGCACCACCGCGGCUCCCAUUUAGGGGGUCAUCAAGCACACCCUGGUGGCUGGGGUGGCUCCAUAAACAUUACUGAGGGUCAGACCCAGCAGCACCAGCAACAACAGAGCCUCGUUUACUCCCAACCCGCCGCCUUCACUGUGAACGGGAUGCUCAGCACCCAGAGCCUCAUGCACGCCGGUGCGCUUGUCCGCGGGAACUCCCCAGAGCUGGACCACCCUCAUCACCACCAUCACCACCACCACCAUCCUCACCAUCAUCAUCAUCCUCAUCACCAGCACGCACACCAUCAGCACCAGCAUCACCACCAGCAUCAUCACCAAGAGGCGCACUCGGAUGAGGACACGCCGACCUCAGACGACCUGGAGCACUUCGCCAAGCAGUUCAAGCAGCGUCGCAUCAAGCUGGGUUUUACGCAAGCCGACGUGGGUCUGGCCCUGGGAACACUGUACGGCAACGUCUUCUCGCAGACCACCAUCUGUCGGUUCGAGGCGCUGCAGUUGAGCUUCAAGAACAUGUGCAAGCUGAAGCCGCUGCUGAAUAAGUGGUUGGAGGAAGCCGACUCGAGCACCGGCAGCCCGGCCAGCAUCGACAAGAUCGCCACGCAGGGACGCAAGCGGAAGAAACGCACGUCCAUCGAGGUGAGCGUCAAAGGCGCGUUGGAGAGCCACUUUCUCAAGUGCCCCAAGCCGUCGGCGCAAGAGAUCAACGGGUUGGCGGACACGCUGCAGCUGGAGAAGGAGGUGGUACGCGUCUGGUUCUGCAACCGCAGGCAGAAGGAAAAGCGCAUGACUCCGCCCGGGCUCCCGCGAAGCCCGGAUAACGCGUACUCGCAGGUGGGCAGCAUGGGCGCGGACACGCCGCCACCCUCCAUAGACUGCAAGAGGAUGUACAGCGAGACGUGAACGCGACGCCAAAUGAUCCAAGCUUCAUUUUUUGUCUUGGUUUAUCUCACGAUUAAUAAUCAUCGUUUUGUUCCAAGCUCCCGUGUGUCCUGUUAUCCGCUAGUGCGAGUGUCAUUUCAAAACAGAAUCAAGUUUUAUGCAUCAUAUUGAAAACAUAAAAAACAUUCACAUUGUCGCUUUAAUUUAGCACUGACUUGUUCCCGAAAGCAAUAAUUAAUAUACGUAACCCCAUUAAGUUGCUUAUAACUGUGUUUUGUGGUAGUAGAUUUACAGUGGAAGCAACUUAUUGAAUUGUUUUUCCAUUUAUUAUUAAAAGAUUUUUUUUUUUAGUUCAAAACAUUCCUUUACAUCUCCAAGUUAAAUGAGUAUUAUUGUGUUUGCACUAUU